AUGCCGUUGCCAGCAAACAAGAAAAUCACUGCUUCGUCUUCGUCUUCGUCCUGGAACGACAGCCCGGACGCCUGGUCAAUGCCGGAGACCGGCCGCGCCUCCCGCCGACACACGCCCCGAUCGACCUCUGCCGCACCCCGGCCACGGCCUGCACCGCCCUCGAAGAAGAAACGACGCCCGCCCAGGACUGCUGUGCCAGAUUCGUCCAGUGACAACGGCAGCGCCAUCAGCCCUUCCGGCGCCCACGACAGCACCACCGCCGCUGCGGCCGACAACGACGCCUGGUAUGCCAUCAAGGACAUCAUUCGACAGCGCACAGUAAAGCGCCGUCUCGAAUACCUGGUCGACUGGGCCGACCAUCCCGAGACCGGCGUGUCCUAUCCCCCGAGUUGGAUACCCGCCCGAGACGCUAGCAGCGACGCCGUCAAGGCUUGGAAGGCGUCGAGAGCCGCACUCAGCAGCACUGCCGACUCGCUUGUCCACGAGAGCUUCGAGGACGCAAAGACGCCUGAGUCUUCUCCUGUGGCCAAGCGAAAACGAGAUCGAUCUGGCUCGCCGUCCGAGAAAGACACCACCCCGCCCACCAAGAAGCAAAAGGGUCUCCGCGAGGUUCCCGACCUGCAUCCAGUCCUCUUCUCGUCCGAUCCCUUUAGCCGGGACGCCAGCACUGAGAGCCCUGAGCUCGAGCAGCCCCAGCUUCAGCUUCAGCUUCAACCUCAGCCUCCCGUUCGAUCUGGCAAGGAUCUUGCCAUCGAGCUCAAUCCCGUCGAUCCCGACGACUACCUGCGCUUCUCUCAGCUGCAGUCACAAUCGCAGUCGCAGUCGCAGUCGCAGUCGCAAUCCCAGCCACUCCUACAAUCUGACUCAACAUCCCACCCACAGUUCCACUCUCUUCAGCCCAAUCCCUCCAGUCGACCGUCUCCAAGGACUAUCCCCGACUCUGAGAUAGACACUGCCUCGCGCAACUCCAUCUCCACCCUUGAGCCUCGCUCUGCUGCCGUGACGCUACCCAGUGCUGCCGCAUCUUUGCCCUUCUCCGGACCUCGUCUCUCGCCAGCUGUCCUGCCGUGGGAUCCCACCCAGCCGUCGGAAGACCGGGCCGGCAGCGGAAGCGAAAACUCUCUCUUCUUGACCCAACCUGAGGCUGACUUUGAUCUUCUGUCCGAGUUGCACUCUCAGCCGGCCCCAGCAUCGCCCGACCAUCGCGGCUGGAACCCCUCAGUCGUGCCCGACUCUACCCGACGUAACCAGUUCGACCAGCUCGACCAGCUCGACCAGGAUACUCAUUCGGCCCACGUCGUGCGUCUGCUCCAGAGCACGCAUCGCUCCCUCUUCUCGGACCCGUCUUCCGAACCGCCCAGACCGCCGACGCCCUCUCAGAUCGACGGUGACGACAGCUACCUCGACAACAUGGACGGAGACGAUCCCUCCAUGGACCCGGUCGCCCUGCUCCGAAAGGCCCAACGCGACGCGCUUGGCCCCGAAGGCCUGGCCAUGACCGAGCUGCCGUCCGACACGAUCAGCCGUUUCUUGAGCCAAGACGUCCAUUCGUCACCGGCAGUCGGUGAUGCCGCCACUGUUGCCGAUGCCCGCUCGCCGGUGCUGCCGCUCUUUACAGAACAGGUGGCUCUCGAAGUGGGAGCUGCUCGCCCGCCUACCAUCGACACGGCGCUCCUCGUCGGCCCCGAGACGGCCAUGGCCCUAUCGCCGACGGCGCCCGUGCUGUCGAUAUCACCCGAGCCGGCCGAGCCGGUCGAGCAGCAGCAACAGCAGCAGCAGCAACAGCAGCAGCAGCAACAGCAGCAACACAACAGUCCGUCGCCGACGUCAGGCUCAGACAUGACCGACAAGGCCGACAGCCCGGCAUCGACGGAGGCGGCCGACCGCGAGCGGGAGUCACUCUCGCCGUCGGUCUUUGCCUACACGCGCGAGUACACGGUGACGCUGCCGCUGGCGGCCAACUCGCGGCAGCGCUACAUUGACGUCGUCAUGGACAAGGAGAACCAGAAGACGAUCAAGGCGUACGGCGACGUGUUUGUGCGCGACACGCGCGAGCUGCCCGGCGCUGAAAUCACCGGCCGCGUCGAUGCACUGCUGCAGAAGCUGCUGGACCUCGCCGACCUGCCGCCUUUUUCCGACAGCUUGCCGGCACUGACGCGCGAGGCGAUGAUGAAGUAUGCGGCCAACACCAGCGGCAAGUUCACGUUCCUGCACGAGCUGCUGGCGCCGAUCCGUGCCGUCGACAAGAAGGUCCUGAUCCUGGCACGCAAGGGCGUCGUGUUGGACUACAUGGAGGCGCUGGUUGGCCAGCUGAACGUGCCGCUGGUCCGCAUCGGCCAUGGCAGCAGCGACAGAAGCCAUCAACACCAGCUGUCCGUCAUUCUGGCCGACACCGAGGCCAGUCCAGCCAGCCUGCCUCAGGACGUCGACUUUGUCAUUGGGUUUGACCACACGGCACGCACGUCGGGCCUGCUGGCAAACUACCUCGUGGACGUGGCCGGCCGGCCGUCCCGGCCGGUGGUGCUGCUGCUGGUCGCCAAUUACACGCUCGAGCACAUCGACUUGCGGCUGCCGCUCAGCAACGUCGGCGACCAGGAGCGCAAGAACGCGCUGCUGCUGUGCACACUCGACUGCCUGCCGUACCUGCAGGAUGCAGCCUACGACGACCAGCCGGUCAGGCCGCACGAGGCGGCGGCGGCGUUUGCCAAGGUGUUUGCAGACCCGCGCGUCGACGUUGCGUGGAAGCCGCUGUCGCUGCCCGACGACGUGUUUGACACUUACAUCUCGUCGUCCGGCUCGGAACACCCGGUGCUCAGCCAGGAAGAGUCUUCGUCGCUAGCAAACGUGCUCGGUGGCUUCUCGCGGAAGCACCAGCUGGAUGAUGAUAUCGACGAUGACGACGCACAGAAACGAACUCGCCUGAACGGCUUUGCGUCGCCGAUCGUGCUGAACCAAGACUUGGCACUGAGUGACACGAUCAAGAAAGCGCUGCAUGGACCGCUGACAACGAGCGGUACGACUGUGACGAUUGCAUUGUCGCAGCUCGAGGCACUCGCAGCUCGGACGGUGGCACUGGAAAGUCAGCUACGCGAAAAGGAGAUCCAGGAGGCCAUGCUGCUGGAGCGAGUGCGGACGCUCGACCGACAGACCAAGGACACAACGGCGACGAUCGUGACGUGCGAGCGCAAGCUGCUGGAGGCAGUCAAGGACCGGGGUGUGUUUGAGACCGAGCGAGACCGAGCGACGCGGGAGGCCGAGGCAGCAAAGGAGCGCCUAGCAUCGCGAGACAGCGUCUUGGCCGAGCUGCGGACAGAAAAGACGUCGCUGACGGAGCGGCUAGCCGAGGCGACGACGCUGCUGGCCGGCUCGGUAGUGCCAGAGGUGGCCCGACUGGCGACGGCCGAGGCAGAGACCGAAGCAGCGCGGCGCACGAUCGCGACGCUAGAGCGCAAGGUAGCCAGCACCGAGACGGACCUGGCGCACGCGCGACGGGCGUACCAAGACGCAUCCAACGCGGCGGCCGACCUGAGCGCCGAGAACCGUGAUUUGACGACACGCAACAAGGAGCUCGGCCGGCUGGCAGACGAGAACCUGCGGCAGAUCCACGAGACCAACGCGCACAACGAGACCGACGAGGUCCGUCGCCGCUGGGCCGAGAUGCAGGUCGUCAUGCGCGAGCGCGACCGCGAGCUGGAAUGGGCCCGUGAAGAACUGCGCCUGCUCAAGAAUGGUCGCCGCGAGACGCGCGCCCAGAGCGUGCCCCGGAGCCCUCGGCUCGGCGUCAUGAGCCCGCGCACCGUCGCCGGCCGCAUGGCCACUACCCCUGGAGGUGCCGGUGCCGAUCGCAGCAGCAGCAGCAACAACAACGGCCACAGCUCGUCCGUCAGCCGUGGCAACAGCCCCAUCGCCGCCAGCGUCGACGGCUCCAACCCGGCGGCUCCGAUUGGCCCCGUGGCCGGGCUCACGUACCUCAACCAGCAGCAGGGCGGCAGCCGCUGGACCCAUCUGCGCGACUGA